UCCGGAGCGAGCAUGAAGCCCGACGGGAAGGUGGUGCUCCUGGGCGACGUGAACGUGGGCAAGACGUCGCUGCUGCAGCGCUACACCGAGCGCCGCUUCCACGACACCGCCAGCACCGUCGGCGGCGCCUUCUGCCUCCGCCAGUGGGGGCCGCACAGCAUCUCCGUCUGGGACACGGCAGGUCGUGAGCAAUUUCAUGGACUUGGAUCUAUGUACUGCAGAGGAGCAGCAGCUGUUAUCCUCACUUACGAUGUAACCAACAUGCAGAGCAUCUUGGAACUUGAGGAUCGGUUCCUGGCCUUGACAGACACUGCCAGUGCAGACUGCAUCUUUGCUAUUGUUGGGAACAAAGUGGAUCUCACAGAUGCUUUUGCCUCUUUGUCAGAAACAGAAGGGGAACAUCAGCCUGAGCAGCCCAUCAGCAGUCUCAUUUCUACCAAGUUGAAAAAACAAGUCCAUAUGAGUGAUGCCAUAGCACUUUAUAAGAAGAUCCUAAAAUACAAAAUGUUGGAUGAGAAGAAUGCUCCAGCAGCAGAAAAAAUGUGUUUUGAAACUAGUGCAAAAACAGGGUAUAAAGUGGACCACGUAUUUGAAACUGUAUUUGAGAUGGUGGUACCAGUAAUUUUGCAGCAGAAAACUGAAGGGUCACUGCAAACUGUAGAUUUAAAUAAUAUCAAGACAACUAAAAACAUACAAUCCAGCUGCUGCAAAUAAACAACAAAUGAAGGAUAUAUAAAAAUAUAAAGGUGAAGCAGAUCAACUACUUUUUUGGCUUAAUAGAUCCAUGAAACUGAACUUGAUUAAUAGAAUGGAUUAACAGAGGCAAACACUUAAUUGGGGAAGGUUUGAAACAAUGGUAUAAAAUUUGAUUUUUAAGUAAUGGUUCCCUAUAAAGCAAUUAUUUAAAACUUCUCUAUCCAGCUGAGUGUGAUUUAUCCACAUUAAAUACAUUAUA